AUGAAUAACAGAGCUUUAGAUAUUCCUCGGGAGAAGGAUGGAGCGCGUGUUCAGAUGAGAUUAUCGUACAGCCCAGCUGCUCAGUUUUUUCUUUUCCUUGUACAAUGGACUGAUUGUCAACUCGCUGGCACCCUCGGUUUGCUCAGAGUUCUUAUCUAUAUGACUUAUGCUGACGGAAAAACGACAAUGUCGGUUUACGAAAGAAAAGCCAGUAUUAGAGAGUUCUACGCUGUGAUAUUCCCGUCGUUGAUGCAACUACAAAGGGGAAUUACAGACCUCGAAGACCGCAAACAAAAAGAGGUCUGCGAUUUGCGGUACAGAAAGAAAGAUGAAACCGAAAAGUGUGAGCUCUCGGAGAUUGAGAUUGAGAGGGAAGAGGAAUGUGGAAUCUGUAUGGAGAUGAACAGCAUGGUCGUGUUGCCCAACUGUGCCCAUUAUUUGUGCAUCAAAUGUUAUCGCGAUUGGCGAGGGAGGUCACAGUCAUGCCCUUUCUGCAGAGACAGCCUUAAAAGAGUCGAUUCGGGUGAUCUCUGGAUGUUCUUGGAGAAAACCGAUACAGUGAAUCUCUCUGCAAUCGCGAGAGAGAAUCAGAAACGGUUGUUUGUUUACAUUGAGAAGUUACCACUGGUGGUUCCAGAUCAAGCGUUUGCGUCUUCUCCUUACGAUUGCCAUGUGCGUUGA